CAAAGGUACAUAAGUGUCUGUGCAGGUGCUUCACUCAGAGAGGAGCGACUCCAGCGACACUCCUGGUCUCUGUUAACCCUUCCAGCAAAAUGUCUCGGGACUAUUUUGGAUUCUCCUAUAUAAGGAGCAAUGCAAGAAACAGCACGGCCACCGUGGCUCUUAACAACCCAGCUGAUAUCGCUGUUAUUGUGAUCUACUUUUUGGUUGUCUUGGCUGUCGGAGUAUGGGCUAUGGUCCGCACCAACCGAGCCACUGUCGGUGGCUUCUUCCUGGCAGGGAGGAGUAUGGUGUGGUGGCCGAUCGGAGCAUCGCUGUUUGCCAGCAACAUUGGCAGCGGCCACUUUGUAGGGCUCGCUGGGACUGCUGCAGCUGCAGGCAUCGCCAUCGGUGGCUUUGAAUGGAAUGCUCUUAUAGUGGUCGUCAUUCUGGGAUGGCUCUUUGUGCCAAUCUACAUCAAAGCUGGGGUGGUCACCAUGCCCGAGUACCUGAAGAAGAGGUUUGGAGGACAGCGUAUCCGCAUCUAUCUCUCUGUGCUGUCCCUCUUCCUGUAUGUUUUCACCAAGAUCUCAGCAGACAUGUUCUCUGGCGCCAUUUUUAUCAAUCAGGCUCUUGGGCUGAACAUCUACCUUGCUGUUGUCGUGCUACUAAUGAUAACUGCGCUGUACACCGUCACAGGUGGACUGGCUGCAGUGAUCUACACAGACACGUUACAGACCAUUAUCAUGGUUGUUGGAUCAUUCAUCCUUAUGGGCUUUGCUUUCCACGAGGUGGGAGGUUAUGAGAGCUUCCAGCAGCGCUACAUGGAAGCCAUCCCCUCCAUAACGACCAACAUCACUGCGGACUGCUACGAGCCUCGGGCCGACUCCUUCCAUAUUUUUAGGGACGCCAUUACAGGAGACCUGCCGUGGCCUGGCCUUGUGUUUGGACUCACCAUUCAGGCCACCUGGUACUGGUGCUCAGAUCAGGUGAUUGUCCAGCGUUGCCUCUCCGCCAAAAAUUUAUCUCACGUUAAGGCAGGCUGCAUCUUGUGUGGCUACCUGAAGCUGCUGCCCAUGUUCCUCAUGGUUUUCCCCGGGAUGAUCAGCAGGAUCCUGUAUGCUGAUGAGGUGGCAUGUGUGGACCCGGAAGAAUGUGAGAAAUACUGUGGUGCCAGUGUGGGCUGCACCAACAUCGCUUAUCCAAAACUGGUGGUGGAUCUCAUGCCCAACGGUCUACGAGGUCUCAUGCUGUCGGUGAUGCUGGCCUCUCUGAUGAGCUCACUCACUUCCAUCUUCAACAGUGCCAGCACUCUCUUCACAAUGGACAUCUACACUAAAAUUCGUCGCUCAGCAAGUGAAAGGGAACUCAUGAUUGCUGGCAGACUGUUCAUUUUGGUCCUAAUUGGUGUGAGCAUAGCAUGGAUCCCAGUGGUGCAGUCAGCCCAGAGCGGUCAGCUCUUUGACUACAUCCAAUCCAUCACCAGCUACCUCACACCACCUGUUGCAGCUGUCUUCAUGCUCGCCAUCUUCUGCAAACGUGUCAAUGAGAGUGGUGCAUUUUACGGCCUCAUGAUUGGCCUGCUUAUCGGCCUGUCCAGGAUGAUAGCUGAGUUUGCAUUUGGGACAGGCAGCUGCGUUGAACCCAGUAACUGUCCAACCAUCAUAUGUGGAGUCCACUACCUCUACUUCUCCAUCAUCCUGUUUGUUAUCUCGUGUGUCUGCAUCCUGGGAAUCUCCCUCAUGACCAAACCCAUCGACGACAAGCAUUUGUAUCGACUGUGCUGGAGCCUGAGGAACCGUACAGAGGAGAGGGUGGACCUGGAACAGGAUGAUUGGGUUGACAACACUGAGUCCAACGAUAUGGACAUAGAGGAGCCAGACGAGGAGCCAGGCUUGUGCAAGAGGGCGGUGAUGUGCUUUUGCGGCCUGGAGCAGAAAAAAGCCCCCAAGCUGAGCAAAGAGGAGGAGGCGGAGCUGCAGAAGAAGCUCACAGACACCACAGAGGUGCCGCUAUGGAGGAACAUCGUCAACGCCAACGCCCUUAUCCUCCUCUGUGUGGCUGUCUUCUUUCAUGGUUUUUACGGUUAAAGAAACCUCAGUCGCUCUCAGAAUUUAUAUUUAAGUGACAGGGGUUUAUAUGAAUGUAAUUUAUGACCACAUAAACUAUUGCCCACAAAAUAACAGACAAGAGACCUCUCUAUACUGUAUCAUUAUUGCUGUAUGUAAGAUAUGUGUGGCUACUGAACUUCUCCAGGACAUAAAAUAUAUUUUUGUAAAGUAUUUGCCUGUCUAAAACUCUUAAAAAUAUGUCACUACUGUGCACACAUCUGGCAUAACAUUUGUUAAUGUACAUAAUCUUUAAUUUUUAUUAUUUGUGCAGCUGAAGUAAACCAGUAAACCUUACUGUAACAUAUAAACGGUGUUGUGGAAGCGACUUGCAAGCUACUAAUUACUGCACACUGGAAGAAGUUGAACCACAGCAAAGCUACCCUAGGGAGAAAUGUAGUUUGGGUAAUUAAAGCUACUUAGAGAUCAAAUACUCGGCUAUUCAUGGGAACCUUUGCUUUGGUUUUGUACACAGUAUCCAUCAGUCAGACACCUGCCUUUCAGAAACAGGUCUCGGUGUGGGUAAUGCAUCAAGCAGGAUGACUCAGUUUUCCAGGUAACUUCUAAAAAAUAGCAUCCAACAGCUUCUUUGAACAUUUGUUAGCAGUCAUCAGUGCUCUUAACACCUAAUAUAUUCAAGUUUAGUUUUAUAAAUCUGCCAAGGCAUGCCUUCACAGCUUACAGUAGAGAAACAGUUAUAAAAUAAAAAUCAUUCCAUCCCUUUUAUGGCGCAAAAAUGUUUGUAGUUUCAGUAGUUAACUACAGAAAAACAAUAAUUUAACUACUUGUAACACUAUGCAAAUAUAAACAUAGUCAAGCUACUGCGAAAUGUAGUUAAACAGCGAGUGUAAUUAUGUGUCGUAACACGUAAUACACUUAAAACAUGUCAGUAUUAUGCAUAAAUAUUCACAUCUGUUGUCCUGAGUGACCCUGUGCACAGCUGCAGGUCUUCCAAUGAUAUCUAUCAGCUCUCUUACUUGUCUUUACUGUUGCUGUUUAUGGUUGUAAGCACGAUGACAGAGGGCAAGAGUGACUUUGUAAAUCAAAACAGUUCAUGAAUGGAGCUGGACCUUGAAAGAGUGCACUCACGCUGCUCUUAGUAGCAGAAAUAUAAUAUUUAAUUUGUGCUAACACACAUAAAAUAAUCAGAAUGCUUUUAGUUAAUGUAGUAAUGUGUGACCAUCUUUUCUGAUUCAGUUCAGCUACAGUACUUCUACUCAUGCAGCUGUUGAUAUAUAAAUGCUUCUUUAUUGUGUCAUGGACUUUCUAGUUUACAUCCAAGUAACAAGAAAGUGAAUUUAGUCAUUUUUUAAUACAGAAUACUGCCUUAAAUCAUAAAAGAGAGAUAUCACAUGUUAAACAAAAUAUGUAGCUUACCUUUAAUUUAAAAAUAUGUGGGUUUCUGAGAGGAUUUUAAAAUUCCUGGUAAUUACUACUGUUUACUACCUCAUCCUACAUAUGCCUUGUUUUUCUCACAACAUGUGGUCAAAGUCCACAAGUGCUGUAACUUCUCACAUCUCUGCACCUUACUGUAUGUUGUUUUAGGUGUUAAUGAAUAAAAACACCUCAGGGAAGAGGGGCUGUAAAUGACGCAGAGCACUGUUUGACUCUCUUUGCUUCCCUCUAGUGGUUCACUGUGAACUUUUCAAAAUCACUGGUUUGCUGUUUAUUUUACUGCAACAUUAAAUUCCUGAUAAAAAUCUGCUCUUACUGGGGCUGCAUUGUGUUUUGUAUGUACCCAGUAAAGUCAUUCUGAAUACCAAA